CACCCUUCUCCCCAACUGAUAUCAUCUUCACAAACAAAAGCAGUCGUUCAGCAUAUCCACUGAUCAUACUUUGGCAGUCACACAUCGCUAGCGCUGCAACACCAAAAUCUCAUUGGGGAGAAAGAGAGAGAGAGGGGGGGGAAUUUAAAGAGAUAGGAGAAAGAGAGGGAGAGAAACAUAUACAUUUCUCAAUGGAGACUGUUUCUAUUUUACUAUACGUAAUUCUGUUUCUCUCCACUCUUCUUUCGUAUCCUUUCCUAAGGAAGCAAAAGAGAGGACUUAUUCCUAUGAACAGAUUUAAGCUUCCACCAGGCUCAAUGGGUUGGCCAUAUGUUGGAGAAACUCUCCAACUCUACUCUCAAGACCCAAAUAUCUUCUUUUUAACAAAACAAAAAAGAUAUGGAGAAAUUUUCAAAACCCACAUACUUGGUUGCCCUUGUGUCAUGCUGGCUAGCCCCGAAGCUGCAAGGUUUGUGCUAGUGACUCAUGCUCGCUUGUUCAAGCCAACGUACCCCAAAAGCAAAGAGAAGAUGAUCGGCCCUUCCGCGCUGUUCUUUCACCAGGGUGAAUACCACACUCGACUACGGAAGUUGGUUCAAAGCUCGCUAGCCCCUGAUACCAUCAGGAAGCUAAUACCCGGUAUCGAAGACAUAGCUGUUUCUGCCCUGGAGUCGUGGGCUGGCUCGGGACAAGUUAUAAACACCUUUUAUGAGAUGAAGAAGUUCUCUUUCAACGUCGGCAUUCUUUCCAUUUUUGGUCACUUAGAUAGAGGCUACAGAGAGAAGUUGAAGGAGAACUACCGGAUAGUAGAUAAAGGUUACAACUCUUUUCCUACAAACAUUCCUGGAACUGCAUAUCACAAAGCACUCCUGGCUAGAAAAAGAUUAAAUCAGAUUCUGGGUGAAAUAAUUUGCGAGAGGAAGGAGAAAGGGCUGGUGGAGAAAGAUCUGUUGGGCCAUUUGUUGAACUUCAAGGAUGAAAAGGGGCAAACUUUGACUGAGGAUAAAAUAGCCGAUAAUAUCAUUGGAGUACUUUUUGCUGCCCAGGACACCACAGCCAGUGUUAUAACAUGGAUUCUCAAAUUCCUCCGUGAUGACCCUAGACUUCUAGAAGCUGUUAAGGCAGAGCAAAAGGCGAUAUACGACUCGAACGAUGGAGGAAAGAGGCCACUAACAUGGGCACAGACAAGGAGCAUGCCUCUUACAUAUAGGGUUGUACUAGAGAGCUUGAGGAUGGCAAGCAUCAUAUCUUUCACAUUCAGGGAAGCAGUAGUUGAUGUGGAAUACAAGGGGUACCUGAUACCGAAGGGUUGGAAAGUGAUGCCAUUGUUCAGGAACAUUCAUCACAAUCCAGAAUUCUUUUCUGACCCGCAUGAUUUUGAUCCAUCUAGAUUUGAGCAGGUAGCUCCAAAACCCAAUACCUUCAUGCCAUUUGGCAACGGUGUUCACGCUUGCCCGGGCAACGAGCUUGCCAAGCUGGAGGCGCUCAUUUUGAUCCACCAUCUAGUAACAAAAUUCAGGUGGGAGGUGGUGGGUUCUCAAAGUGGGAUUCAAUAUGGCCCAUUCCCAGUCCCUCAACAAGGGCUCCCUACCAGAUUUUGGAAAGAUUCCAGCAGAGAUGUAUGCCCUUUAGUUACAGAUUUGGGAAAGAAUUCAUCCAGCAUUGCAGCAACAAAACUUUUCUGUUCCUGACCAAACCCUACUAUUUUUCACCAUGGGGUUUAUGGGUCCGUAUCGGCUUUAUCCUUCAUGUUAUUCUUGCAGCUAGUAAUUGUAACUUUUAUUAUGUAUACUAAUCAUUAUGUAGUAAUAAGGAGAAACAAGAGUAUUAAUGGGAAAAAGAAAUCAUAUUCCCAACUUUCUGAUCUCUA